AAAGGCUUCUCUUUUACAUCGUACUCAGGAAGAAAGAAGAAAGAGAGAGGAAGAAAGGCGAAGAUUGAAAAAUGCAAUAAUUAUCCAGUCAUUUAUUAGAGGAUAUAGAGACAGAAAACAGCAAUAUUCCAUUCAAAGAAGUGCAUUUGAUCGCUAUGCCAACUUGUCGCAGUCUGGGGGCACUUUUCCUAUUGCUAAUGGUCCCAACCUUACCCUUCUGGUAAGGCAGCUUCUGUUUUUUUACAAACAAAAUGAAGACUCAAAACGUUUGAUAUGGCUGUAUCAGAAUUUAAUUAAACACAGCUCUCUAUUUGUCAAGCAGUUGGAUGGAUCUGAGAGACUUACAUGCUUAUUUCAAAUAAAGAGGUUGAUGAGCCUCUGUUGCAGGUUACUGCAAAACUGUAAUGAUGACAGUUUGAAUGUUGCACUUCCAAUGCGAAUGCUUGAGGUGUUUUCAUCUGAGAAUACUUACUUGCCUGUUUUACAAGAUGCUAGCUAUGUGGUGUCAGUAAUUGAACAAAUUUUGCACUACAUGAUUCAAAAUGGGUAUUAUAGGUCUCUCUAUUUGUUGAUAAACAGCAAACUUCCAUCAAGUAUUGAAUAUUCUGAUUUAUCUCGAGUUCCUAUAGCAAAAAUAUUGCUAGAGAAUGUCCUAAAACCAUUGCACUUUACUUACAACUCCUGUCCAGAAGGUGCAAGGCAGCAAGUGUUUACAACCUUCACAGAGGAAUUUCUGGCAGCACCUUUUACAGAUCAAAUUUUUCAUUUCAUCAUUCCGGCGUUAGCAGAUGUACAGACCGUUUUCCCUUACGAGCCCUUUCUGAAUGCACUAUUGUUAAUAGAGAGUAGAUGUUCCAAAAAGAGUGGUGGAGCACCAUGGCUUUUCUAUUUUGUUUUAACUGUUGGCGAAAAUUAUUUGGGAGCCCUCUCUGAGGAAGGCCUGCUGGUGUAUUUGCGAGUGCUCCAGACCUUCCUUUCUCAGCUGCCCGUCUCCCCUGCCAGUGCGAGCUGUCACGACUCAGCCAGCGACUCCGAGGAGGAGAGUGAAGAAGCGGACAAGCCCUCGAGCCCUCAGGAUGGCAGACUGUCAAUACCAUAUAUUACAGAGGAAUGUCUGAAAAAACUGGAUACAAAACAGCAGACCAACACCCUGCUAAACCUGGUAUGGAGAGACUCAGCGAGUGAGGAAGUUUUCACUAGGAUGGCCUCCAUCUGCCACACUCUGAUGGUGCAGCAUCGCAUGAUGGUACCCAAAGUCAGGCUUCUCUACAGUUUAGCCUUUAAUGCCAGGUUUCUGAGACAUCUUUGGUUUCUAAUAUCUUCUAUGACAACGCGGAUGAUCACAGGGUCUAUGGUACCGUUGCUUCAGGUGAUAUCAAGGGGUUCUCCUAUGUCUUUUGAAGAUUCUAGUCGAAUCAUCCCACUCUUUUACCUUUUUAGCUCCUUGUUUAGUCAUUCACUGAUUUCCAUACAUGAUAAUGAAUUCUUCGGUGAUCCCAUAGAAGUUGUAGGUCAAAGACAAUCAUCAAUGAUGCCUUUUACUUUAGAAGAGCUGAUCAUGUUGUCUCGAUGUCUGCGAGAUGCAUGCUUGGGAAUCAUCAAGUUGGCUUAUCCAGAAACAAAACCAGAAGUUAGAGAAGAAUAUAUUCUAGCAUUUCAAAGUAUUGGAGUUACUACUAAUUCUGAAAUGCAACAAUGUAUACAGAUGGAACAGAAACGAUGGAUUCAGUUAUUUAAGGUCAUCACCAAUCUAGUGAAAAUGUUGAAGUCCAGAGACACAAGGAGAAAUUUUUGUCCUCCAAACCACUGGCUAUCAGAACAAGAAGAUAUUAAAGCAGAUAAGGUCACUCAGCUCUAUGUGCCAGCAUCCAGACAUGUGUGGCGGUUCCGGCGGAUGGGAAGGAUCGGCCCACUGCAGUCCACCCUGGACGUGGGUUUGGAGUCCCCACCGCUGUCUGUAUCUGAGGAAAGACAACUUGCCAUCCUAACAGAGUUGCCUUUUGUGGUUCCAUUUGAGGAACGAGUAAAGAUCUUUCAGAGGUUGAUUUAUGCAGAUAAGCAAGAAGUUCAAGGAGAUGGUCCAUUUCUGGAUGGAAUUAAUGUCACAAUAAGAAGAAAUUAUAUUUAUGAAGAUGCUUAUGACAAACUUUCCCCAGAAAAUGAGCCUGAUUUGAAAAAGCGGAUCCGCGUGCACUUGCUCAAUGCCCACGGCUUGGAUGAAGCUGGCAUUGAUGGUGGCGGUAUUUUCAGAGAGUUUUUGAAUGAACUACUGAAAUCAGGAUUUAACCCCAACCAAGGAUUCUUUAAGACUACUAAUGAAGGGCUUCUGUACCCCAACCCAGCUGCUCAGAUGCUUGUAGGAGAUUCUUUUGCUAGACAUUACUACUUCCUAGGCAGAAUGCUUGGAAAGGCUCUCUACGAAAACAUGUUGGUAGAACUACCCUUCGCGGGCUUCUUCCUCUCCAAGUUGCUGGGAACAAGCGCAGAUGUGGACAUUCACCACCUUGCCUCCCUAGACCCCGAAGUGUAUAGGAACUUGCUGUUUCUCAAGAGUUAUGAAGACGACGUGGAGGAGCUGGGGCUGAACUUCACUGUGGUGAACAACGACCUGGGGGAGGCACAGGUGGUUGAACUAAAAUUUGGUGGAAAAGAUAUCCCCGUCACCAGUGCCAACCGGAUCGCGUACAUCCACCUUGUGGCUGACUACAGACUGAACAAGCAGAUCCGCCAGCACUGCCUGGCUUUCAGACAGGGCCUGGCCAAUGUCGUCAACCUCGAGUGGCUCCGAAUGUUUGAUCAACAAGAAAUUCAGGUAUUAAUUUCUGGUGCCCAAGUUCCCAUAAGUCUAGAGGAUCUAAAAUCCUUUACAAACUAUUCAGGAGGCUAUUCUGCUGAUCAUCCUGUCAUUAAAAUCUUUUGGAGAGUUGUAGAAGGUUUCACUGAUGAGGAAAAACGCAAAUUGCUAAAGUUUGUAACAAGCUGCUCUCGACCCCCCCUCUUGGGAUUUAAGGAGUUGUAUCCUGCAUUUUGCAUCCACAACGGAGGCUCCGACCUGGAGCGGCUGCCCACGGCCAGCACCUGCAUGAACCUGCUGAAGCUCCCAGAGUUCUAUGACGAGACACUUUUGCGGAGUAAGCUUCUCUACGCUAUUGAAUGUGCUGCUGGCUUUGAGCUGAGCUGAGAUGAUGCUGGGAUCCGACCCUCAACCGAGAACCAGUGCCUCCGUCACAGAGCCUCCCCAGGCCCACGCGGAUGCUCGGCUGGACACCCAAGGCUCUCCCAUGCGCCUUCCUUCUUUCUUCCCCUCCUUCACUUUUUAAAUGAUUUUUAUUAUGAUGUGGUCCCUUACUUAGAUGGACAUUGCUUUUCAAACAACUUAAAAUAAUAAAUGUUAUGUGCCAUGUGGCUAGGUUAGUAACUUUGCCAAGAAGAGCACAGUUUUUAGACUAGUGGCAAACUCAGUGAAAUUAACCAAAGAUGAAGCUUUGGCUUUGCUGAUCAGAUCCAAGCCCUCCUGGGCAUGCGGCACCAGGGUGCAGACAGGCCGUGCAGGCAACAGAGAUGCAGGCUCUGGGGGGGUGACAUGCCACUCCCAGGGGGCCGCUGCUUCUCGUGUGGUUAGAUUGUUUACAGCCUCAUUGUUAAAACUAAAGACAUUUUUUUCUGCUUCCUUUUCCAGAGUGGUGAGGUUUGGAAAAUAAACGACGAUGGUGAUACUGUAUUUGUGCUUUUAAAGCCAUUUCCCCAACAUGGGACUAGCAUGCUUGUUUUCAGUAUACCCUUGACCUGCAUCAUGGUGGUUUGGGUAGUACUGUCUGUGGAUAUGAGGUGGGGACUUCAUUUGUUGUCCUUGUCCUAUUUCUGUCUCCUUGUUGUGCCUGGCGAGCUUUCGGGGGGUGAAGGAGGAGGGUUGCCCAGUGCCGACAUGUGUCACCCGCGGUUCCCAGUGACUUGGGGGAGGACAGACAAUGUAGUAUCCAUUAAAGUUGUUUGAACCAAAGUAGCGGUUGCAUCUUUGUCCCGAUGCCUGCCGUGCUGGGUCUUUCCACCAUGCGCCCGCCCUGCUUGCCCCCAGGCUGCACUGCCAGUCUUCCUGGAUAUUUGGGGGCAACUUGCCACGCUUCGGCACCCCCUGCUUCCUGGUGCUGCUUUGACACAAAGACUGGACAGUCCCUGACAUUUGUCCAGGGAGGAGAGGCGUUCAGUAGUUCUUGCAAUAAGGCACUUUAUCAGGACCUGACUUGUUGCUGGGUGAUUUUAGUCUCUAAAAGCAAGAAAGCAUUUCAGAGCAUCAGCUGUGGGAAUCAAAUGACCCUUUGCUGAUGCCAGGGGUCCCAGGGGGAGGAAUCUAAAUCUUUAUUCAUGUCUUCUAUGUCUAGUAUCUUACUGUCACUGGAGGCUCUGUGGGUUGUCAUAGUUAAUUGACCAUAAUUAGCAAUAUACUUCUAAAUGCGAGAAAACUGAAUGACACUUUUAAGACCAUGACCAUUAUUAAAACAAAAUGUAUAAUUUCUUAAUUUGAAUAAUAAAUUAAGUGUUUAAAUGCUAUUUGUAGUCUUGAUAUACAGAAAUAAAAUAAUUAGAGUUUGUCUGGGUUUAUUUUUAUUUGAGGUUGUUUUAUGUUGAAUGUUCUUUACCUUCUUAUUAGUUAGCUUGUAUAUUUUAUCAUCACUAUUUUGGAAAUAGAAUAUCUUGGACUGAACAGAAAUUGGCAGUUAGGCCUAUUUGUGUUUUUUUCCUCAGCUACUCUGAGCUUAUUUAUUUAUUUGUAUGUUUUAAUGGCUAAAUAUUUACAUUAAAUUUUCUUCCC